AACCCUACCUGUAAUUUCGCUAAAAUCAACAGAAUUUGUUGUCAAAACAACAGAGCCGGUAAACACUCGUCCUGAAUAUUCGGUAAUUAAAAACAUGCCUUGGAAACUUGGUUGCAGCGUUCUCACACUACUUGUACUGAUCCAUGCAGUGCAAGGAAACGUACCUGAAAAUAUCGACGAAAAUGGAUAUUUAAUGUAUUGUCCAUGCAUGGGACGUUUCGGGAACCAAGCCGACCACUUUUUGGGAGCAUUAGGGUUCGCCAAAAGCCUUAAUCGAACGUUGGUUUUACCGCCAUGGGUCGAAUAUAGACAAGGAGAGUUACGAUCUCGACAAGUACCAUUUGAUACAUAUUUCAACGUUGAUGCGAUACAAAGAUUCCACAGAGUGAUGCCGAUGCAGACUUUCAUGGAGAAAUUGUCUCCGGUUAUUUGGCCGCCAGAGAAAAGGAUUGCUUUUUGUUAUAUGGAACGUAAGAGCUUGAAUGGUAACACAGAACAAAGCUGUAAUGCCAAAGAGGGUAAUCCCUUUGGACCGUUCUGGGAUACAUUCGAUGUUGACUUCGUCGAUUCAGAGUUCUUUGGACCGCUGAACUAUGAUGUUCAUCAUGGCCGAAUGGCUGAGAAAUGGAACGAAAAAUAUCCGCCGAAGGAUUGGCCAGUUAUUGCAUUUACUGGAGCGCCAGCUAGUUUUCCAGUUCAAGACGAAAAUCGUGCAUUACAAAAGUAUCUCGUGUGGUCAGAUCACAUCCAGCAGCAGGCAAAACAUUUUAUCAAAAAUAGUUUACCAAAAGGAUCGUUUAUUGGCAUCCAUCUGAGAAAUGGCAUCGAUUGGAUCCGCGCCUGUGAACACAUCAAAGACAGUCCAAAUCUUUUCUCAGCCGCCCAAUGUCUGGGCUAUCGUAACGAAAAGGGAAAUGCAACAGCGAAUAUGUGUAUGCAAACCAAGGACAUCAUAAUCAGGCAACUGAAACGCACGUUCAAGACGAUCAAAGAAAUGUACAAACAGAACGAAAUCAAAUCGAUAUUCGUGGCCUCGGACAGCAACCACUUGAUUUACGAUUUGAACGAAGGAUUGCUGCGAAUGCAAAUUUCAGCAUUCAAAUUAGACGAAUCGAAUCCGCACGUUGAUUUGGCCAUUCUGGGCAUGGCCAACCAUUUUAUAGGUAAUUGCAUUUCAUCGUUUUCGGCGUUUGUGAAGAGGGAACGUGAUGCUAAGGGAUUUCCGUCUUCAUUCUGGGCGUUUCCAACGGAAAAGAGUACCAAGAAGCGACAACACGAAGAACUGUAACUCCGACUCAUUUUGUUGAAUUUUCUUUUUAAAGCGCGCCACGACUUAAGCUUAGUUUAAGUAUUUAUUUUUACGGAUGAAUAAACUGUUCCGAAUCCGAA